GGGCAGCACAGAUGUGGCCAGAGGUGUGAAGGAUGAGGAGAAACAAAGAAUUCAGAAAUUUUUAAAAACCGGCUUUACUGCUGAAAACAAGGAAUCAUCGGAACGCAGUUUCAGUCCAUGAAGUUCAGCUCUGAAGGUGGGGAACAGCACCCCUUCGGUCUGGAUCUCGUCAAGGGUGAAGCCGUUCAACAGGCUGCAAGUAAUAUUACAGCAUUUGAAAAUGUCUAAGCAAACAGAUUCGACAACUGAAGUGUUGUUGGAAAAGAGAGGAGGUGCAGGAAUAAUAACUUUGAAUAGACCCAAGGCUCUCAAUGCACUAAAUUUUUCCAUGAUCCAACAAAUGUAUUCACAAAUAAAGACUUGGGAGAAAGAUCCUGAGACUUUUCUAAUAAUAAUAAAGGGACCUGAAGGAAAAGCUUUUUGUGCUGGGGGUGACAUCAGAGCCAUCGCAGAUGCAGGAAAAACUGGAAGUAGACUGAUACAGGAUUUCUUCAGAGCAGAAUACAGCCUGAACAAUGCCAUUGGCACUUGCAAGAAGCCGUACGUGGCACUUAUCAAUGGCAUUACAAUGGGAGGGGGAGUUGGUGUUUCAGUCCAUGGGCAUUUCCGAGUUGCUACAGAAAAGACAGUUUUUGCAAUGCCAGAAACAGCAAUAGGCCUUUUUCCUGAUGUAGGUGGAGGAUAUUUCUUGCCAAGGCUAUCAGGAAAGAUGGGCUAUUUCCUGGCACUAACAGGUUUUCGGCUAAAAGGAAGAGAUGUACUAAAAGCUGGCAUCGCCACGCAUUUUGUAGACUCUGAAAAGCUACCUGCCUUAGAGAAGGACCUGAUAGCGCUGAAAUCUCCUUCAACAGAAAAUAUUGCAGACUUACUGAACUCUUACCAUGUGAAGAGCAAAGUUGAUCAGGAAAAGGAGUUUGUACUUGAUGAACAUAUGGAGAAGAUUAACAGUAUUUUUUCAGCAAAUAGUGUGGAAGAAAUUGUUCAAAAAUUAAAGCAAGAUGGUUCUCCUUUUGCCGCUAAGCAGCUAGAGACUCUUAAUAAGAUGUCACCUACCUCCUUAAAGAUUACUCUCAGGCAGCUCAGAGAAGGAGCUUCCAUGAGCUUGCAAGAAGUACUCAGGAUGGAAUAUAGACUGAGCCAAGCGUGUCUGAAAGGCCAUGACUUCUAUGAAGGAGUUCGAGCAGUGCUGAUUGACAAAGACCAGUCCCCCAAGUGGAGGCCGGCUGCUCUGGAAGAAGUUAGCGAUGAAUUUGUGGAUAACUGUUUUAAGCCACUGGGAAGCAACGAUCUCAAGUUGUAAAAAUCAAGCCUAUGGACAUCUUAUACAUCUGCUUAAUUCUAUGAUACAAAAAUUAAUAGUAGUGUGAUAAAGUUUGUCAAGGCUCUUUUAGAUAACCUGAGAUUCCUAAGUCUAAUUCUUUGCAUUCAGGAACAUUCUCUUUUGUUAUGCUGUCUUAAUGGCAAAAUAAUCAUAUCUCUGGUUAUUAUAAGGGAAACAUUACUUCAAGGCAAAUAGUUAUUUUUACUGCUUUACCCAAUGAUUCAUUUUUUUGUAUAAACUCUUUGAGGGACAGAACAUAGUUAAGGGAUGACCUGAUCAGCAAGAAGUCAGGAGACCUUUGUGUUCUCAGCUCUGUCACUGAUGUGUUAAAUUUGGAUUGUGCCUCACAUUCUUCUCUGUACAAUGGAAAUAAAAUAUACAUAAUGCUUCAAAACAGAGCUACAAAGGAAAAUGCCAGACAUGUUAAACAAGAUAACAAGCAGGGGGAAACAUGAAAUAUCUGCUGCUGCACAGAUCGUAUGGUCUUUUAACACAACAUAUCCUAACAAAUGUAUUUUUUGGAAUCAAAAUUUAAAUGCACAUCAAAACCCCCUCCUUGUAUGUGUGUAUGUUGCUAGGUACUGAUACGAAUACUUGAAGUUGUAUGACAUAACCAGAGCUCCUUGAUAAAUGUAUCAUCUUUAUACAAUGCACAGCUACUAAUCUUCACCAUUAAGACUGCGUGCUUUUUUAUGGGUAAUCAAAUCAUACAUCAGUAGCUCAUCCUACUUGUUUCUACACUUAUAGGCAGGUGACAAAUACAAACUUUUGCUUCUCUGAAGAUGAACCAUUGAGACUAAAGGAAGAAAACAUUUGGUCCAAUAACAUAGUCAGUAUUCAACCCUGGGGAAUCAAAAAGAGCUGCAGCAGAACUGGUAAGAGAGUUCUGAACUUUGUGCAGUUUUUCUUACCGACAGUCACAGGCUACGCCGGCUCAAGGCUCCUUCCCUGCCAGCAGCUGCUGCCUGGAAACAAAGUCCGGGAAAUUCAGGCAUCAAGGUGAGCAGGAGGCUGAUUUUCACAGAAUGAGAGGUGAGUAAAACGGAGAGCAAAAUCCAGAAAAACUCACACCUUGCUUUGUCACUAGAAUCUUUAAAACUGUUAAAAUUUGAGCUGUGACUUAGUGCUCCCAUGUAUAUAUUUGUUAGGAGACAGUUCUGGAGUUUAUUUUCAAUGGCAGCAGAGAGAUUUCAUCCAUACUCUUAGGGUAAUUCUUAAAAUAUUACUUGGAUUUCUGCCUCAUGCUGGUUCUGUAAGAAAUGGAAACUCCCCCUCUUAUUUUUUAAAUUUGUAUAUGUUUUAGUUUCUUAAACAAUGGCUAUUUAUUAUUUAUUUUGGAAAAAUUGGUUCAUUCCAUUAUUUUUGUACAAAAGGAGCAAUCUUAAGUGACCAAGUUUAAUGAAAAACACAGGGAUCAUGCCUUCUCUGGCUGGAAGUUUUAGCAAGAGUGCACUUCUGAAUCAGUAAACUUUGGCUUGCAUGUUCAGCUGCUUCCAAAAUGUAUGUGAACGGGAAUUAUCCCAAACUCCUGGUAGCAAGAUCCUGGUCAAUCUGUGCAUUUUUAUCAAAUAAAAGUCAUACAAGCA